AUGCGACGCUUUUUACAUCUCGCAACAUUCUGGUGCAGCGGGUUCCUUACGACAGCAGCCAUGCUCUGGCGCUUCAUGCCUGCAUCGCACGCCGCCAAGUGGACGAGAAGGACAAGGUGCGAGUCGCGCGAGAAGGGUUCUUUCCAAGCAAGAAUCGGCAGCAGUCAGGAGCAGAGCCCCCCUUAUCGGCUUAUCACAACAUGGGCGCGGGAUCCUCAGACUUGA